CUCUCUUCCCUGCUGCGGAACGAAAAUGCUGGGGAAGAGGAUGGUUACGAUCAAGAAGCUAGCGAGGAAGGUGAAGGGAGUUGGUGUUGGAGCUGACCAUGAUCCUGAUCCUGCGCACCACGAGUGUUUGCUCAAGGAAUAUGCACAAGAGUCUCCAAACACGAUACCGACUGGUUAUUUUCCGCUCUAUGUUGGGGAGGAACGUCAGAGAUACGUGGUUCCAACCACAUAUUUAUCUCACCCAUUGAUCAAGAUCUUGUUGGAGAAGGCUUACCAUGAGUUUGGGUUUGAACAGAGGAACGGCCUUGUGCUUCCCUGCACUGUGGCCACGUUUCAGGAGGUGCUAGCUGCUAUACAAUGCAGCAAUGGUAAGUUUGACUUGGCCAAGAUUUUUGAGGAUCUUAUUUGAUCUGCAUUGUUAGACCACAGGAUCCUUCUGGUUUUUCUUUUGAUCGAAGGGGUUAGUGUUAAAAUGCAUUCGAUCGAUGCGUAGCCUUUUGUGGGGCUUGUACUUAAAUUUAGGAUGCAGUAUUAACUACAAGUAGAAGAUAGAAACGAGUAGGGCCAUGGAUAUUGUAAAUUGCCGAUCCAGCUUCAACUUCAUAUUUCAAUGGAAGCCAGUGUUGGUUCAGAAGAUAGCUACUUUUCCAGGCAGAAUUCAUCUGACAUGUAAAUUAGUUUAUGGAAAGAGCGCUUCAAAAUUUUGAUUUGUCCUUCUUUUGCGUCUUGCUCUUCACUUUUUUUGGAACCUGAUUUAUAC